CGAAAGAGGAGUAGUAGUAACGUCUAUGUUCUUCGUCAUCCAAAUGUAGACCACAUUGAUUCAUAUAAAACACCAAACACAAUGUGUUAACGUUUCCACAACCCAAAAACAACAAAACAUAGGGACUUGGGAAGAGGAAGAAGAAGAAGGAGAAGAAGAAGAAGAAAAAGAAGAAGAAAACAAUGUUGCAGAGAGCUGCAGGCAAUGCUUAUUCAUGGUGGUGGGCCAGCCACAUCAGAACCAAGCAGUCCAAAUGGCUCGAGCAAAAUCUUCAAGAUAUGGAAGAAAAGGUGCAUAGUGUGAUGACACUAGUAUCAGAAGAUGGAGACUCCUUCGCAAAGAGGGCAGAAAUGUACUACAAGAAAAGACCGGAGAUCAUCACUUUUGUCGAAGAAGCUUAUAGAGCUUACAGAGCAUUAGCCGAGCGCUACGACCAUAUUUCAACCGAGCUUCAAAAUGCCAACAACACCAUUGCCUACGUCUUCCCCGAACAAGUCCAGAUGGCCAUGGAAGAUGAAGAUGACAUUCCUUCCCCACGUUUCCUUAAGAAACUCCCAGCCGCCGGCGAACCACCAAAGGGGAACAUCCCAAAAGUGCCCAAGAUCCCCAAAGAGAUAAAGGGUAUGUUCCAAUCCGCCACUAAAAAGCUCCAACCCAAGAAAUCGAUCAAGGUGACAACCGCAUCAUCAUCUCCAGCUGCUCCCAAACCCACUAUGUCGAAACCUGAAGCAUUCAAGCAUAUCGAUAAGCUUCAGAAGCAGGUUCUGGCUUUACAAACAGAGAAGGAGUUUGUCAAGAGUUCCUAUGAAAAUGGAUUGGCCAAAUAUUGGGAAAUUGAUCAGCAGAUUAGAGAGAUUCAAGAUAAAGCUUGCAGCUUGCAGGAUGAAUUCGGCGCCGAGACAGUGAUAGACGAUGACGAAGCACGAUUAGUGAUGACGUCAGCUGCACUAAAAUCGUGCCAGGAGACUUUGGUCAAGCUAGAGGAGAAACAGGAAAAGUCGGCCGAAGAGGCUAAGAAGGAGAGGAAGAGGAUUAAAGAAGCAAAGGAGAAGCUCACGUCUCUUCUAAAUCACAAGCCUGGUGAAAUUGAUGGAGAAAAGGGGAAGGAAGAGGAGAAUAAUUUCAAUUUUGCAGCGAAAGAAGUGGCAGAGGAAGAAGAAAAAGAGGAGUUGAGAGCUUUGCAACAGCAGAGGCAGGAGAUUGAGGUGUUGAGGGAGAAGAUAAAGAAGCAUUUCGAGGCAAGCGCAGAUUCAUCUUUGACGGUCAGUGAGAUGGCCGAGAAGAUUGAUGAGCUGGUGAAUAAGGUGGUUGGAUUGGAAGCUGCGGUUUCAUCACAAUUUGCUUUGAUAGAGAGGAUGAAGGCCGAGACAGAUGAGCUUAAUAGUGAGAUUCAGAGCUUGGAAUGUGAUAAAGACAAGUUCGAAAGUGGGGAGACAAGUUUGAAUGGGAAGGUGGAGGAAAUGGAGAGGAAGCUGGAAGGGAUUGAGGAGAUGAAUGAGAAUGUUGAAAAUCAGAGUACUAAUCUGCAAACAAAUUUCAUGGAGGCAAAAUGUAAUCUUGAUCAUUUGUACGAUAAGUUGGAUAGCGUGAAGCCAGAUGAGGAAGUUCAAACUCCACCUUUGCAUCAGUUUAAGAAAGCUCCCAAGUUUGAAUCAUCACAACAACAACCAUUUGUUAAAGGGAAGAACAUAAGGAAUGCUGUUAAGGAGUUUGAUAAUUCUGUGAAACAAGACAAAGAGAAAAGUCAAAGGGAGUUGAAGCAGCAACAAGUAGCUGAUGAGAUUAGGCAAGCGAGGGAGGCAAGGGAAUCGAGGAAGAAGGUGAGGAUUUCAGAAAAGAAGAAGAAGAAGGACAAGCCAAAGAAGGACAAGAAGUCCGUGGAAGAAAUUACAGACGUAAAACAAGAAGUUGAACAAGUUGCAGAACAGGUAAAAAAUGUUGUUACAGAUGUGAGAACAGAGGAACAAGGAUAUGCUGUUGAAACAACAGAUGGAGUUGUGAAUAGAGGAGAAGAAAUUGGACAGGACAAGAAACAAGAAGAGCAUAAGCCAGACGAUUCUGUUUUUCCUGGUGACAUGGGGGAUACCAGAACAGAGUUAGAGAUCAAAGAACAUGAUCUUGGGAGCUUGUUGAAAGAUGAUAUGGGCAAAGGAAUUCAAACCCAGAUGAGAGAUGACAGGGAGUCGCUAGAGGAUUCUAAAGCAAUUUCAAAGCAAAUAUCUUUGAAGAAAGUCGAGAAACCUGGCUCUGGUACACAAGAAAAGGUAGAAGCAACAUCAAAUGUUGGUUCUGGUGAUGAACAAGAAGGAAAAGGAAGAAAGGAUGCAGAUGUGAACAGAGGAGAUCAAAUUCAACAGGUGCAGAAACUAGAUGAAAACUUCAACCGGUCUACAUCAGUUGCUAAUAAACAUGGUCUUGGUAGCCUGCUGGUGAAUGAUCCACAUGAAGUUCAAUAUGAAGAGAAACAAAAUGAUAAUACAGAGGAUUCUAGUGAUGAGAGAACUGUUGCAAAGCAAAAAUCUUUGAAGAAACUUGAAAUGCUUAGUGCUGAGGCACAAGAAAAGGUGGCAGCAGCUGCAGUCGCUGAUGUUGAUGUUGAUGUUGAUGCACAAGAAAAUGCAACAGUAAAAUCACAAGAUGAUUUUUGUGGCGAAACACGAGAAAAUACAGCAGCAACAGAAGCAUUAGCAACCAUGCCCACAACAAUUGAUGAUAAUAGUGUUCAAACACAAGACAAUGCAGCAGUAUUGAAGAGUGAGAGUGAAGAUGACGAACCAGAUUGGAAGAAGUUGUUUUUGAAAGGUGUGGAGAAUAGAGAACAAGUUCUUCUUGAAGAAUACACGACCAUUCUUCGAAGCUAUAAGGAAAUUAAAAAGAAACUCACAGAAUCAGAGUCUAAAGAAGGGGAUAACUUGCUUGACAUAACCAUCCAACUAAAAGAAUUAAGGGCAGCCAAUGCUAAAAAGGAUGAACAGAUCCGAAUGCUGAAGAAAAGACUCAGCCUCUUGCAGCAGGACAAUGAGGACAAACCUGGGUCACCAUUCACAACAGAUGAUAUACUACAUGGUUUGAAUUUGGAUCUGGAUGUUGAAAUCUCUCCCAUUGAAGAGAAGUUUCGCUCAAGCAUUGAUGAAGUUUUGGAGGAGAACUUGGAUUUCUGGAUGAGGUUCAGCACCACAUUUCAACAGGUGCAGCAGUUUGAGACUGAAGUCAAAGACUUGCAAUCCGAGUUGUCUGAACUGGAGGAGAAGUUGGGGAAGCAAGAAGGGAGCAGUCAUGGGAAGUAUAAUCUGAAAUCAGAUGCAAAGCCCUUGUAUAAGCACCUAAGAGAGAUCCAUGCUGAGUUGACGAUUUGGAUUGAGAAAGGUAUGUUGUUGAAAGAUGAACUUAAAGGAAGAUUCUCGGCUUUGUGUGAGAUUCAGGAUGAGAUCAAAGAAGCUCUCAAGGAGAGUGCUGAAGAUGAAGAGUUCAAGUUCACCAGCUACCAGGCUGCAAAAUUUCAAGGUGAGAUUCUAAACAUGAAGCAAGAGAACAACAAAGUUGCAGAUGAACUGCAAGCAGGGUUAGAUCAUGUAACAACCUUACAACUUGAGGCUGAGAGGACACUGGCCAGGUUGAAUGAAGAAUUCAAGCUUUCUGGAUCCAAGAAUCGCCAGAAUAUCCAACUUCAACACUCAGAGAGUCGAUCUCGAGUUCCUUUGAGAUCUUUCAUUUUUGGAGUCAAACAAAAAAAGCAAAAGCAUUCCAUUUUUGCCGCUGUCCAUCCAGUACUCCACAGAAAGUACAAUGGAUUGAGAUCAGGACUAAAUCUAUGAAUAAUGUUUCCCCCAUAUUCCUGGUCUUCCUCCCCAUUUCUUGGUUGUGUUGUAUUUGUAGAUUCUCAUUAUUUAAUUGUGUCUAUACAGAUAUCACUGAUUCUAUUUAUGGAUAUUCUGUGUCCUUUAGACCAUUAUAGAGAUUUUAUGGAUAACUUUUAGCAUAUUAACAAAGUUUUUCGUAUGUU